AUGGAUAAAAGAUGGAGUCUUCAUGACAUGACUGCUCUUGUAACUGGUGGAGCCAGCGGAAUCGGGCAUGCCAUAGUAGAGGAGCUAGCCGGUUUUGGAGCUAGAAUCCAUGUAUGCGACAUAUCUGAAACACUGCUUAAUCAAAGUUUAAGUGAAUGGGAAAAGAAAGGGUUUCAAGUGAGUGGUUCAGUCUGUGAUGUAACUUCUCGACCCGAGAGAGAAACUUUGAUGCAAAAGGUCUCCUCUCUGUUCAAUGGCAAGCUCAAUAUUUUCGUGAACAAUGUAGGCGGACUUCGUUCAAAGCCAACUACAGAAUAUGAUGCAGACGAUUUUGAUUUCCAUAUCACAACAAACUUGGAAGCUGCUUACCAUUUUUGCCAGCUUUCACAUCCUCUGCUAAAGGCUUCUGGCUAUGGAAGCAUCGUCUUCAUUUCCUCUGUUGCUGGGGUUGUAUUCUUUGAAUCCGGAUCAAUUUAUAGUCUAGCCAAAGGAGCUUUGAAUCAACUAGCAAGAAAUUUGGCAUGUGAAUGGGCAAAAGAUGGCAUAAGAGCCAACGCUGUUGCUCCAAAUGCUAUCAACACUCCUCUGUCUCAACCGUAUCUUGAUGACGUCAGUUUCAAGGAGGGAUUGUUCGGUAGAACUCCACUUGGUCGCGCUGGAGAGCCAAAUGAAGUUGCAUCACUAGUGGUCUUCUUGUGUUUACCUGCAGCUUCUUAUAUAACUGGUCAAACCAUAUGUGUUGAUGGAGGCCUCACGGUUAACGGUUUCUCCUAUCAACCACAUGCUUGA